CUGUCUGCUUCUGCAGAGCGCUUUCUCUGCAGACAAGAGACCUCAUCGAAGAAGAGGAACAAGAGAAGAAGAUCGAACCAUUAAUUUACUAGGAAAACCCUAGCUACCUCCCCAACUCCGGCGCCAUUUCUGCUGCCCCCCUUUCCAUGGAGUCUCUGUCGCGCCAGCGCCACGGGAGGAAGCAUUCCUCCGCCGGAAACGCCCUUUCUUCCGCUUCCUCUCCGUCACUCUCCAUGAAUGAUCCCUACGAAGAUGUGUCGUUGUCCAAUGGAGGGAAGAGUAAGUUCGCCUUUCAUGAGUACGCCGAGAUUUUCUCUGCCUCCUCGUCCAUUCCGGUGCUGGAUCUUUCGAGCCUGGAUGAGCGGGUCGGUUCGAGAGAGGUCCAGAGCUCCAGGCUCGAUUAUUCCAACAUUUUCGGCGGAGUGAGGAACGAUGAAGUCGCUGUGCCUUACGAGGAGUUGCUCACUGGUGCUGCGAAGAAAAUCAAAAUGCAGGUUCCAUCCAAACCGUGUCCAGAAUCAGGUUCCUUUCGCCCUUCAGGAAAGACAAAAAGGUCUUCUGGCGAGGCAAUUGAUCAAUCCAGUGAUGGUUUUAAGCAGCAACUUAACAUGUCAUUCAACAAGGUCAGUCCAAGAGAGAGCGAUGAACCAAAUGGGAAAACACAUGUAGCACAAUUCAAUGAUGUUCCUGGUUUCACUUGCUUUGUGGAUGGAACACCUCAGCCAGAGAAGAAAGAAGUGCAAGGGCCUGUAUCUCCUCUGAAACGUGAAGUUAGUCGCACCUGGAGUUUCAGUGUUGGUGCUGGUGAUGGAUUAACUUGCGAGAAACCACACAUACUUGAUAAGUCAGGCAAUGUAAAUGAAAUCAACCUCAAGUCAUGCAAUGCAGAGGUGCUGUCACCUUCAAGUCAUCCAUGCAAUCCUUUUGGUGAAAGUGAUCCGAAGGGAUCAAGAUUUCAAGGUUUUGAUUCUAGAGAUGGUUCUAAAAGCAAUGCUGGUGGAUAUUCACUGCCUAUGAUUGAUGAGGAGCUAGAUGAAACUUCAGUUGCUGCUGUUUCUGCGGCUGCCCUGAAGAAAGCUGUAGAGCAGGCUCAGGAAAGUAUAAGAAUUGCAAGAAUGAUAAUGGAAAGGAAAAAGGAGAAUCUACAAGGUGCUUCUAAGCCUAGGUUGAAAGGUCAUUUGAAAGUCAAGGACAAGAAUAAAAAUGGGAUUGAGAAUGAGGUUGAUGCAUCAAUCGAAAAAAAUACAUUGGAAACAUUUGAAGGAUUAGACAACUCCACUAUAGUAACUGGGAUUAAUGGAAAGUUUAUUCCAUCCUUCAAGGACACUGGGAAAUUUCUUGAUACUGGAAAGGCUGAAGUGGAAAGGGUAAGUGCAAAAGUUGAAGAAGCAAAAGAACUAGGAGCAUCUUCAGAGAUGGGUAAGACAUUUUCUACGUUGUGCGAUCAGAGUGGAACAUUUUGUAAUGCUGAAAAGUUUGCAUUGGAGACAGUUGAGACAGCUGGAGCAUGUCGAGGGGAAAACAAUAUUGUUGGAUUAGCUGCCAAUGGGGAAAGUAGAGUAGAAGCAUUGGAAACUGAGAAAGUAGACAACCAUGAUAAAGUAAUGUGCUCCACUGAUAAACGGCGGUCUCACCUUGAGGAUGUGGAGAAUGCUACAGGAAAGUUUGAGCAGCUAGCCAUUCAUCAAUCAGAAGGGGGUGAAGCUGUUACUGAACUGACCGCAAGACCUUUGAGUCCUUCAAAAAGUGUACAAGAAACAGGGAAGACUGCAGAGGAUUCCUUGCUACAACUUAAGGGAACUGUAGACGAUAUAACAAGAGCUGAAGAUAUAAUUGACUCAUCAGGAGUUCUUGAUUCUUCUCAAAGCAUGCAACAUCGGGAGAAGAAUGAGCUUGAAACAUCUGAAAGUUUGUGUAUUGUGCAAGAGGAAGGACUAACAGAGGAGAGAGAUGAUUUGGUUGAUAGUAAAGCGGAGCAUGAAAAGAAAGUUUUAGGUCACAAGGAAAUGAUUUUUGGAAAACACUUGACAGCGCAAUCUGUGUUUAAUAAUUUGCUGAAGGGAUUCCGUAGCAUGGCUGAGGAAAACAUGCUGAGGCUGGAAGACAUGGAGAGUAAUUCUGAAACUUGCCCUGAGUUGAAGGGAAAUGAGCAACACGGGAAAACAAAUAUUGAAGAAGAGUGGUUGGGGAGUGAGCAGCAAGAUGGAAGAAUUGUAAAUGUCGAUCAUGAGCCAGAAAUAAAAGGCAAGAUAUGGAACUCUGAACAUGAUCUAGAUGGAAGGAAAUCUCCCAGAGACUGUGAGCAGUCUGAAACUGUUGAUAAACAAGUGGAGCCUUCUAAAUCGGAAGUGGCUGAGACCAUUCAAGUGCAAGUAAAUAAUUUUGCUGAAGUUGUCUGCGAUGCAGAAAGAAAAAUUGACGACAUUCAUGGAGAACCAGGACAAAGUGAAGAUCUUGAGGAUAAAUUUAAUCUUACGGGUACUGCUGAAAACGAUAUUGGUGAAGCUGUUAGUACCUGUGAUAUUGAUUUUGGUCCCACAAGUUGUGACAAUCGUAGUAAUGAUAGUAGUGACAUCACUGGUGAUGUUCAAGAACCUUGUGAUGUCGAUUCAAAUGAUAAAGUAAAAGAAUGUUGCGUAGCAGUUAGAGAUUGCAAGGAGAGUGUGAGCUCGAUCAGAGUAACUAAUGCAUUGUCAUCAGAUGAGGACAGCAAGACAGGAAACUUAUUUCACCGGGAGGCUCAUGAAGUGCCCGGAACAGAUAGCUUGCGUAGAUGUGCAUCUGAAGAGAACUUCAUUGGAAGCAAAUUAAGCACUGCCUUUGAAGGAUUCUCUUCGGAUAGCAGCACUGAAAAUUCGGAUUUAAUUUAUGCAGAUCACGUAGGAAAACUGCCCAGACCUUCAGACAUGUUCACAGUGGCUUCAAAGGUUAAGAAUGGUAGUCAAGAGGCCGAGUUUGAUGACACAAUUAGAAAGCCAGGAUUGGAACAAAGCUCAGAUAGCACCAACCAAAAUAUACCUACAUCCAUUCUUGAAGGCACAAACGAGGCAUCGGCUCCUGAAAAUCAAGAAUUUGCAGAAAAUGCUGAUGAAAAUACCUCAAAGAAGGAAGUUAAACACAGCUUUGAUAUAAUUUCUGAUGGAAGAGAAAAUGUGGAGGAACAAAGGCAGCACCUGUAUUCGAAAUGGAAAAUUGAAGAUGCAUAUUCUCCACCUAUUGUUGAAUCCGAAGAAAUUGAAAUGGAAGCCAAAAGAGAGGUUGAAAAAGAUCAAGAUGUGGAAAAGGAGAGUCACAGUGAAUGUUCCACCACACGGCAAAAAGAUACCAGAGCAACAUGGCAGAAGGUCGAGGAAAAUGAUCGCCAACAAAGAAUUGAAGCCAUCAAGAAGGGAAGAGAGAGGGAAAAGGAUAGAAAAGCUGUUGAAAGAGCAAUACGAGAAGCCCGCGAAAGAGCAUUUGCUGAAGCCCGGGAAAAGGCAGAAAGAGCAGCAGCUGAGGCCAGGCAAAGAGCUAUGGCAGAGGCACAGGAAAAGCUCGAGAAGCCAUCCAUCCUGUCUAAACAAUCUUCUGAUAAGCUGUCCACCACUGAAGCCAAAAUCAGGGCCGAGCGUGCUGCUGUAGAACGAGCAACUGCAGAGGCUCGUGAACGUGCACUAGAGAAAGUAAGGUCUCAGAAAACUUACACAGAGGCAAGAACACAGGCUGAGAGAUAUUCUACCGAAAGGCUUUCCAGCUCUUCCCGGGAUAAAGGACUGAAGCACAGUUUUUCAUCUUCAGAUCUGGAGAAAUUUUAUGAAACUACAAGCGAAUCUGCUCAAAGGCGUAAAGCAAGGUUAGAAAGACACCAGAGGAUAAUGGAGCGAGCGGCAAAGGCCCUUGCAGAGAAGAAUAAGCGAGACCUCCUUGCCCAGAAAGAGCAGGCAGAGAAGAAUCGACUAGCUGAAACUCUCGAUGCUGAAAUCAAGAGAUGGGCAACAGGAAAGGAGGGAAACUUGCGCGCUCUACUCUCGACUUUGCAAUACAUUCUUGGGCCAGACAGCGGCUGGCAGCCUACUUCCCUAACAGAGAUCAUAACAACUGCUGCAGUUAAAAAAGCUUACAGGAAGGCGACUCUUUGUGUUCACCCCGACAAGUUGCAGCAAAGAGGAGCUACCAUUCAGCAAAAAUACAUAUGUGAAAAGGUUUUUGAUCUUCUCAAGGCUGCAUGGAACCGAUUCAACUCAGAGGAAAACUGAAUAGCAGCGGUACGCCAAGUAAUGCCGGUCCGUCGACAACGGCUGUUUUCGGAGGUACAUCUUUUAUUUAAUUUAACCUUAUCCUCCUUGUGUUGGUAAGAAAAUUACUACAUUUGCUGUUACCUAAAGGAUGCUUGCAUGGAAAUAAUUUAUCCAAUGGUGCCUUGUAAUUUGACCAAAAAAAAAAAAAAGAGAAGAAACUGUGGGAUAUAUUCAGGUCCAGUGUUAGUCAAAUAGCUAUUAUUCUUUAGGUUUUAAGAUAUAUAUAAAAUUUGCAAUUUUU